UUUUAGUUCCGAGGUACAUUAAAUGCAGCAUUGAGCUUUAAGAAUGAAGUUUGUUCAUUCAGUUCACUCAUUUUAAAGAGGCUUGUAUUAAAACAGCAUCAAGAAGUGAAAACAUUUUCUGAUUCUGUUCUCAAAGACAAACCUAACCAGAGAAGUUAAAUUGAGAACAUCUUAACUCCAGCUCUAAUUCCCACAUAGAAUGGCCUCCGGUGUGCCGGAUGAGGUCAUGAUGACCGCUGCUCUGAUAAAAGAAUUAGCCGACAUGGCAAAAGAUGAAGCACUUCUGCAGGGAGUGUUGAUGAGGACCAAAGAGACCCCUAACUCAUCUGAGUUGGUGACGUACGCUCCGUUCACUCUCUUCCCCUCGCCUGUGCCCAAAUCCGUGUUCCUCCAGGCUCUUGCAGUUCAGACCCACUUCAACACAAUGGUGGACAAGAUCAGCCAGGAUACAGACUUCCUGCAGGAGGCUUUAGCCAGCACCAUUGAAGUGGAUGAUUUUACUGCGAGGUUGUUCAAAAUCCACCAGCAAAUCCUAAAAGAAGGAAGGUCUCAGUUAAUUGUGUUGGGUCUCAAUCGUUCUGACUACAUGUUGGACCAGAGAGAGGAUGAAACAUCUUCUCUGAAGCAGAUAGAGAUCAAUACUAUUGCUGCAAGCUUUGGUGGCCUCUCUUCGCGCACGCCAGAUGUCCACAGACAUGUCCUGAAGGUGGCGGGUCGGCUGGAGGACAGUCAACGAAUCCUGGACAACAACCCAGCGGCUGGUCUGGCCCGGGGACUUGCCAAAGCCUGGGAGCUGUAUGGAUCAGAGAGGGCAGUUGUCAUGUUCUUGGUGGAGGAAGCCCAGAGGAACAUCUUUGAUCACCGGUACAUUGAAAGUGAACUCUGGAAGAGGAACAUUCCCACCAUAAGGAAACAGUUUGAUGACGUCUAUAAAACAGGAUCUCUUGAUCUGGAAAAGAGGCUGAUUGUGGAUGGAAAAGAGGUUGCAGUGGUGUACUUCAGGAACGGUUACAUGCCACAGAACUACACUAAUGAACAGUGCUGGGAUGUUCGUCUCAUGAUGGAGCGCUCUACGGCUAUAAAAUGUCCAGAUAUCAGCACUCACCUGGCAGGAACCAAGAAGGUCCAGCAAGUGUUGUCCAGACCUGGAGUUCUGGAGAAGUUUUUCCCAGACCAGCCACAGGUGGUGGAACAGAUCAGGUCAACUUUCACUGGCCUCUACACUCUAGACAUGGGACCGGAGGGUGACAAAACUGUAGCGAUGGCUUUGGCAGAACCAAACCGGUUUGUUCUGAAACCUCAGCGAGAGGGAGGAGGUAACAACAUCUAUGGCUCAGAGAUUACCCAGAUCCUGGGGGAAGUGAAGCAAAGCACGGAGCGGAUGGCUUAUAUCCUGAUGGAUAAAAUUAGUCCCCCUCCCAUACAGAACUACUUGCUAAGACGAGACGCUCCCCUCACAGUCAGUAACUGUCUGAGUGAACUGGGAGUGUUUGGAGCAUAUGUCAGGCUGGGGGAGCACAUGGUGAUGAAUGAGUGUGUGGGUCACCUGCUGAGGACCAAGAGUUCAGAGCACACAGACGGGGGUGUCGCCGCAGGUGUGGCCGUUCUGGACAAUCCUCUACUCCUCUGAGAAGUCACUGCUUGAAGAACCCAAACCCAACAACGUCAAAUUACAGCUGAGUCAGACAGGAAUGCGGAACGUUUAGGUUCAGAGCGAUGAAAGAUAAAGCAUCCAUCACUCUAUUUGAGGUGGUGGUGACUGGCGUUUUUUAUUAUGUUUAGCAGGUUGUCUUUCAAUGCGUUCAGAGGAUUUAGAAGAACCACUUCAACUGUUUGUUCUGGUCCAGAACAUUUCUGCCCUCAGAUAUAAGCAAACAAAUGUUGUCAGAGAAGAACUUUUAAACUCAGCAAAGAUUGAAAAACAAAGGAGCAUGUUUCAGCCAGCCCAAGUCCACAAAAAGAGACAUUCAGUUUCCCUUUAGGUGUAAAAUGUAGCUGAGUUGUAGUAGAGUUCUGAUGAUACAUUUUUAGCUGACAUAUUAAAAUUUGUCAAUAUAAAAUUCACUGCUCCUUGUAAGGAAAUAGAAAAAUGUCUUAUUAGCAAAACAUUUAAAUACGUUUUUUUUCCUGGGUGCUUGCUAUCAUUAUAAACAACAGUGACAUCUAGUGGCAUUGAAGCAUAAUUACACUCCUUUAAAAGCUGAAAUUGUAUUUUAUGUUCAGAGUUUCUGUGGCUCUAACAGUUAAAAGCCGAAAUCAUUGAAGAAAAUAAUGAAGUGACUAACGAAAUGUAGUGUUGCUUUAUUUGUUAAAAAACUAUCUUUUUGUAUCGCAAGGGAUAAUCUGCUUUAUUACAAAACCUAGUAAAAUAUCCACACAGCAGAAAUGCAACAGCACAUGAAACGUACCACAAACUGAGGGUUUGUACAUGGAAAUUACAUGCUUUUUUUUUCUUGUUAACAUAAUUGCUAUUUUAUUAAAUAAAAGUAAUCCAAAGUGGGCCAGUACACAAUCUGAAAGAAUCUAUUUUUUAUUUAUUUUUAUCUAUGUUGUAAUUACACAUCAAUGUUGGAACAGAGUUUUUUCUAUCUGCUGGGAUUCAUCCAAACAUUUACCUGCUCAGUCAUUUUUAAGAUCCUUUAAAUUAACACAGAAACGGUGAGUCUUGGCAGAUCUUUGAAGUAAAUCAAUGAGCAGAUGUUUUCAUUUGGACAAAACACAGAAAGCAAAUAUUAAAUGAUACAUCUGUAAAGCUG